AUGGCGGCCAAGACCAAAGCACUGGGCGAAGACAUAUGGAAGCGGACAGACAAGAUUAAUGCAGAGCUCUUCGCGAUGACCUAUGGCUCCCUGGUCGUUCAACUCGUCAAGGACUAUGAGGACUACGGCGCAGUCAACGAACAGCUCGACAAGAUGGGCUACAACAUGGGCACGAGACUCGUCGAGGACUUUCUCGCUCGGACGGCCAUUGGACGCUGUCAAGACUUUCGAGAAGUAGGCGAGACGCUCGCUAAGGUCGGCUUCAAGGCGUUCCUCAAUAUUGUGCCCAACAUAUCGCAUAACCCGAAUCCAGACCUGCGCGAGUUUGCCCUCACUUUCGACGAGAACCCGUUAGCGGAAUUUGUCGAGUUGCCAGACGAUGCGUACGGCACGCCUGCUUCGGAGACAGAUGGCACGCCUGCAAGUGAGGGCUUGUGGUUCUCCAAUGUGCUCUGCGGCGUCAUACGCGGCGCGCUCGAGAUGCUCCAGUAUCAAGUCACGGCGAGGUUCGUGUCGGAUACGCUUCGGGGCGACGACACAACAGAGAUGCGUGUUCAGCUGGUCAAACUCAUACAGGAAGAAGUGCCACGAGGAGACGACUGA